GUGACACUCCCGGUUGUUCCGGGUUUUAUUGUGCUGCUGUUGACAGUCUCCACAUUUUCCUUUUCCAUUUCAUCUGCCUGCUUUCAGGAUGGCUCUCCUGCUGGAUAAUCAGUUCGCCCAGCUCCCAAACACCAACGAAGUUACCACAAAAGAAUUUUUGGACUCGGUGUCGUAUCUUCCGCCUUUCUUCGACUGCCUCGGUUCCAAAGUUUUCGCCCCUAUCAAAGCAGACAUAAAUGGAAACAUUACGAAAAUCAGAGCUGUUUAUGACUCAGACCCUGCAAAGUACGAGACCCUCCAAAAGAUUCUGGAGGUUGAGAAAGGCAUCUAUGGGUCAGAAUGGCCUAAAGCAGGGGCCACGCUGGCUCUCAUGUGGUUAAAAAGAGGUCUACGCUUCAUUCAGAUCCUGUUGCAAAGCCUCGCAGACGGAGAGAGGGACGAAAACAAUCCCAAUCUUAUCCGCGUCAACAUCACUAAAGCCUACGAUCAAGCACUCAAGAGGUACCACGGCUGGAUAGUCCAGAAAGUUUUCAAGGCUGCACUUCUUGCUGCACCGUACAGGUCAGACUUCCUGAAGGCCCUGUCCAAAGGGCAGGAGGUCACGGAGGAAGACUGCCUGGCAAACAUCCGGCAGUUCUUGGUGAACUUUACUGCCACUGUGGAUGCCAUCUAUGCAAUGUACACAGUCAUGAACGCUGAGUUGGACUACAGUGUGUGAACUUCGGUCUGUGGUUUUGGGGUUGAGCUCCACUGUGCCUUUCUCAGGUCAGACAGCAUUCCUCCAGAAUAACCCCACGUCCAAAAAAAACAAGUUUCAGGUGUCAUUUCAUUAUUCAUCCUUUGUUUUUUCAGCGAACUAAUCUUAGCAGGGACUUCUCACGAACCUGAAGUGCAUUAGAAAGGGUCACUCUCACUCAUCUUUGUGUGGACUUACCUCUUGGCACCAGUGUUGGGAGAGUCUUUAUAAGCUCCUAUGAGACAGCAGUGAUGUGAGAGUAGGAGUGGGCAAUAUGAUGAUAUGUUAUCAUUAUUGUGAUAAAUUAUCCCAUAAUGCACUUUUCAUGUGUAGUAUCGUUAGCACUUCUACUACACUUAAAAACUGCAUGUACCACAAAAUGUUAAAAGUUUAAUCGUACUUUUUUUCUUAAAAGGACCGAUUUUGAAACAAUUCUGCAUAAUUAGGUUGGCUUGACAAAGUUAUUGUGUUCUUCUAUUUUAUUAUUCUGUUUUUUCUACCAUUUUUAUGAUUUUGAGCAGUGAAACUAUGCACAAUUGUAGAGUAUGGCCUAGCAACACCUUAGCCACCACCUGGGAUUGUAUAGCGCUAGCCUAGCAACACCUUAGCAACGACCUGGAAUAACAAAGCAAUGGCCUAGAAACCCCUUAUCAACCACUUUGGAUAGUAUAGCAAUGGCCUAGCAAUACAUUAUCAACCACCUCGGAUAGUAUAGCAAAGGCAUAGCAACCCUUUAGCAACCACCUGGAAUAACUUGGGAUGCCAUAGAAAUGGCCUGGCAAUACCCUAGUAACCACCUACGAUAUCACAGAAACAGCUGUACAACACCUCUGUAACCACUUGGGAUACAACAGUAACAGCCUAGCAACACCUCAACAGCAACAUGGGUUACAAUAGCAAUAGCAACACCUUAGCAGUCACCUAGGACACCAUUUCAACAGCCUAGCAACACCUUACCAACCACAUGGGAUAACAGAUCAUCGGCUUUGUCAGGCCAACUUGAGGGUUGUUCACAAAAUUUCCCCUUUUAGUUUUGUUGUUGAUAACGUAAACAAAGUCAUUCAGAGUGGCCUGAUAUGAAAUGGUGCAGUGUACAGAAGACCUAAUGUAUAUUUACUACCCAAAACCACUAACCACUGAAACUGAAACUACACACAGUUCUGAGUUUUUAUAUGUAAUGUUAAUAUUGUAAAAUAGAAUCUGAAAAGUUUUCUUUGGGUACUGUUUUGCCCUGCAUGUAUUUCUCCACCCUGAAUAUAUAAAUAUAAUAUAAAACAUUUUAAAGCUAAAUCCUACCUCAGAACUGUCGUAAAACAGUGUCUCACUUUGUGUCUCUGUGUAACGGGGAGCGAGGAGGCGGACGCAUGUGCUGAGAUAAGCGAGAUUUAUUAAGGGCAAAUCCAGGGUCGUGGUCAAUACGGUCCAGGGUCAUAGAGCCAAUACGGACAGAAUCAGGUACAGACAUGAUGAGCAACACAAACCGUUCAAACAACAGACCAAAACAUCAAACAAGGCAAGGACAAAGACCAGCAAAUGCCAAGGCCAAACACAGGGCUUAAAUAUCAAAGGGUAAUGAGGGACAGGUGAACACAAUCGGGCGGAGUAACCAAACAGGGGGCAGGACUAAACCAAAA